UCUUUUCUUGACUUGUAUACUCAUAUCUCUUAUCUAACCUACCCCGCAUCACCAUGGCUGCCCCCGCAGAUAUCACCAUCAAGGACCUCAGUGGAGAGUGGACGAUGGACAAAACCCUCUCCAACCCCACUGAGCCUAUUCUGGCCCUGCAAGGAAUGGGCUGGAUGAAGCGUAAGGCUCUCAACAUCGCAACCGUCACCCUUUCGGUCCACCAACACGCCGACGAGAAGGACCCCAAGGUCCUACACGUCAAGAUCGAACAAACAGUCACUGGAGGUAUCCCUGGCACAACCGAAUACCGUAUCACCGACUGGGAAGGACGGGAGCACGAAGACCAUGUCUUCGGCAAUGUCAGAGGCCAAUCCCGCUUGAUUCGGGGCUCGAAGGGCGACGAUGGAAAGUUCCGCCCUAAUGUGGAAAUCGCUACCAAGACCGAUGACGAGGAUGUGAAGAAGUUCUUGAAGGGCGAGAUUCUGGCUGAUGGCAAGGACACUGAGGGCUUCGUUGCCGACAACGUCGGUGAAGAGUAUGGUGAGGGCGAGGGUCUUUUCCUCCAGAGCUUUGUACAGAACCUGGACAGCAACGGCGGCUGGACUGCCGAGCAGAUCUGGGGCUUCGAAUUGAUCGAUGGAAAGCGUUACUACACUCGUCGUGUUGUCGUUGCCAAGGAGGGCAAAUAUGAAAAGGCCCGCUUUGUGUACACCUUCAUCAAGCGCAGGGGAGAGUAGAUGUCAUUUGCAUUAGCGUUGAAUGAAUUUCCUUAUCAUUAGCCUUCAGUUGUCUAGACUAGAUCGGGUUUGACUCCGAGACUUGGGUUCAAUCCAGCUCCACAUCAACAUCAGCCA